AUGGCUUUCAUCAGACCAAGUGCCCGUGUCCGCCGCCAAGGCCCACGCGCGGCAGCUUCGGCUGUUGCCAGCGCAGAUGCGCAGCACCCUCCCUGGUACAAGGACCAUGGCAUUCGGAAGAUGAUGUUUCCUGUCGUCUUGAUCUACCUCACCCAAGUCUGUACCGGUUUCGACGCUACCUUAACGGCCAAUCUACAGAGUUUCAAGAAAUGGAGAGCCGAUAUGGGUACACCAACACCCUCGCAACUCGGUCUGAUCACUGCUAUCUACUUCAUUGGUACCUUCUGUGGCUCCGUUCCUGCCUCUAUCAUCACGGACAAAUUCGGACGUAAGAUCGGCCUAGCUAUCGGACAAGGACUCACGAUCGUCGGUGCCGCAUUCCAGGGCGGCUCUCAAAGCCGCGGACAAUACAUGGGCGCUCGCUUCAUCCUAGGCUUCGGCAUUGCAUUCAUCACCUGUGCUGGCCCAGCGCUGCUCAGUGAGCUGGUCCACCCUCGAAUGCGAGGUACACUUGUGUCUUUCUUCAAUCCUUUCUGGUACCUCGGCAGCAUCAUCGCAGCAUGGACUUGCUUCGGUACGAGCCACAUGGCCAUCACCAAUGCAUGGGCAUGGCGGAUCCCAUCACUGCUCCAAGGCCUCAUCCCCUGCUUCGUCGUCCCAUCGAUCUACUUCAUCCCGGAGUCUCCGCGUUGGCUUGUGGCCAAUGGCCGCGAGGACGAGGCGACCGCUAUCUUGGCCAAGUACCAUGGUGAGGGUAACGCUGAGGACCCACUUGUUCGCACUCAGCUCGUCGAGAUCAAGGUAGCCAUGCAGCAGGCCACCGAGGGUGUGACUUGGCGAGCGCUCUUCACUCAGAAGCAGAACCGAGCUAGAGUCCUCAUUGUCAUGUGCAUGACGCUCAUGGCUCUUUGGUGCAUGCAGAACGUCAUCACGUACUACUUCUCACCCAUCCUCAACACUAUCGGCAUAACCGGCACAACACAGCAAACCGGCAUCAACGGCGGCAUCAACAUCGUCUGCCUCCUCUCCGCCAUCCUCGGCGCCUCCAUCGCCGAGCGCGUCGGCCGCCGACCCCUCUGGAUGUCCUCAUUCAUCGGCAUGAUCCUCGUCGCCGUCCCCUUCACGGCCCUUUCCGCAGUGUACGCCCAGCGCAAAGUGCAAGGCGCCGGUUAUGGUGUCAUCGUCUGCCUCUUCCUCUACGACGUGGCCUACAACAUCGCCUGCAACCCCCUGCUUUACAGCUACCCAACGGAGAUCAUGCCGUUCUAUAUGCGCAGCCGUGGUCUCGCAGUCAAGAAUCUCACAGGCCAGGUCGCCCUCAUCAUCAACAUGUACGUCAACCCGAUCGCACUGGCAGCAAUCGGGUAUCACUACUACAUCUUCUUCAUUGGACUGAAUCUCUUCUGGUUGACGAUGAUCUACCUCUUCUUUCCCGAAACAAAAGGAUACAGUCUCGAGGAGCUGGCAGUGCUGUUCGACGACGGCAGCGAGAAUGUCUUGGUUCAGGGACAAAAGGUUGUCGGGGAGACGAGCAGUGACUAUGGGGUAGAUAACAAGGGGCAGGCUAGUGAGCCGAAGGUAGAGGAGGUGACUGCGUCGGCGAGAUGA